AUGUUGACAGCACUGACAGACGUCGCGUCAUGGGCCCGAAUGAAAUUCAAGGCCGUAAAGUCCAGGUCCCUCAUUAUCAAGAAAGGCAAGACGACAGACAGAUUCGUGCUCCGAGUACAGAACGAGGAGAUCCCAUCCAUCACAAAGAACCCAAUUAAGUGCCUUGGGAAGUGGUUUGAUGCCAGCCUAGUAGACAAGGACAACGUCAAGAAGCUAGAGAACCAGGUAGAAGACGGGCUGAAGAAGAUAGACCGGAGCAACCUACCUGGGAAGUUCAAGGCCUGGUUGUACCAGCAUGCCUUACUACCAAGGCUGAUCUGGCCAAUGAUGCUUUUCUCCAGUGUUGGACUGUAUGGGAAAACCAACAAACUGCAACUCCCACUAUCUUCACUGGUAGAAGAAUUCAAGACGGCGAAGACAAGACUGGUGCUUACCCUAAGAGACUCCCCAGAUGAGCAGAUCCGGGAAGCAGGGAUCGUUACCCGUACUGGAAGAAAGUGGUCAGCGACAGAGACUGUCAGCCAGGCGGAGAGCUCUCUCAUGCACAAGGACAUCGUCAGUACUGAGAGGCGAGCCCUGAUACAGUCAGAAGUACGGAAGGAAGAGGAGAACAAGAGACAGGCCAGAGCGGUAGAGAUGGGUGCGCAGGGUGCAUGGACAACGUGGGAAACCAUGGAAAGGAAGCUGACCUGGGAAGACAUCUGGAAGUAUGAACCACUUCGUCUAUCCUUCCUCCUCAGGUCAGUUCAUGACCUCCUGCCAUCUCCAGCUAACCUAUGCGAAUGGGGACUAAUCACAGACCCAACAUGCAGUCUGUGCAAGAAACCAGGCACUCUGGAACAUGUUUUAUCUUCCUGCUCCACAGCACUGACGCAGGCAGAUAUCGCUGGCGACACGACAACGUCCUCAGAGAGGUUGCCGAUUGGCUGGAAGGGGAGAAGAAGAAGCCACGCAGAAGUAACUCACAGGCAGGCCCACAUCAACUUUGUGAGACCGGGUGAAACUGCGAAGACAGAAGCUUCACAGAAGAAAUCGAUCCUUGACGGCGCCACAGGAUGGAAUAUGUCAGCCGAUCUAGGAAAGAAGCUUGUGUUCCCGGUAUCGUCCAGACCAACUUGA